AUUGAAUUGUACUUGAUAAAAAAUAUUGAAUUCAAGUUCCAAUUUCCAUUAGACAAAAUUGUAUUUUCAUGAAGUAAAUAAAUAUUUAUGCAAUUGAUUUUUCUUUUGAUGUAUGUAUUUAUGUGUAGCACUUGUUUGUAGCUCUACAUAUCCGGCUGUGUAACGAAACGAAUAAAAGAAACAUUAGUAAAAGACUAAAAAUAAAACUAAAAUACGCUGAAAACCUUUACUUGAGAUCAUGAAAUUUACAAUGAUCUGUAUAUUUUUAACUUGCUCUUUUAUCUUGAUUAAUUCUGAUCUGGUUAUAAUUAGCGAUUCUAAUGUGUGUUAUUAUUCCCCUGAUCGAACUGCGUACGAGUUGAUGAUCAACUUUUACUUAGUGUUUUAUAAAUUUAUACGGAUCUAUAUAUCGGUUACAUACCUGGACAUCAAUCGUGUGGACUUCCAACAGCUUAUUCAAAAUGGAAGCAAGAAUGGGUCUACUUCCCCAACUAUAAUUUUUAUCACUACAAAUCGCCAAAACUUUACAAGAAUCUUGACUCGUUUCCGCGUGGAAAUGACCCAAAAACUAUUCUUCCUCUUAAUAAACAAUUCAUCAAUUGAAAUUUGGGAGUUUUACUACAUCAAGAAACAGUUGUACCAAAAUAAGCUACUUGUUUUAAAUAGAGAUCAAAUUUUCCACUUCGACUGGACCAACUUCAUUCAGUACAAUCUUCAAUGUCCUUUCAAAGGAGGAAGAAUUUCUAUUGGGCUUUAUUAAGCUUCCAAAUCGAUGGGAGCCAGAUUCCCGACCAAACUAAGGGCACAUGUCGUGUCUACGAUAACCGCUUAAUGCAAUCAAACCGAAUGACAUCAAACUUCUUUCUAGAUUUGAAAUUGGUUCUAAAUUUUUCGUACACGUUAACGGAGAGAAAAUUUGUGCAUAAAAAUCUCAGCCAGCCACAAACCAGCGGAGACGACGUGGCUCAUGUCGAUCUGAGCCUGCACUUCGCUAGCCAAACCGUGGAACGAUUUAAAAUUUACACAAUGCUCCAACCCAUUCAGCAUUCACACUAUGGCGCCUUCUACAAAGCCCUUGAGCACAAUCCGAUGAGAAACGUACACUCGAAACCAUUCGAGUUGAUGUCAUGGAUAGCAAUUUUUUUCACUUGAGUCCUCUAUGGAACCGUGGUUUGCAUAAUUAUCAGGAUACUUCAAGCGAAUAUUGUUCCAAAUGAAAAUUCGCACAGUAUGCCCAACUGGGUCUGGUGGAUUACUACAUUCGUGACCGGACAAGGCUGUGAUCUUUCGAGUGGGAGAGUCCGCCAGGCUAAAUUUUGUACCACGUUCCGAAUCUGUUUCGCUGUCGGAAUCAUGUUUGGCCUUUUUAUCAAUAUUCUCUACUCGUCCACCAUUACGUCGGCUCUUUCAAUACCAAUGUCGCAAAUUCCGUCCUUUCACGCCUUAAUUACUUCAGGGUUCAAGUUCACAGCGCACAGUGAGAGCCUUCCAAUGCAGAAUAUUUUAAAGACUGCCCUCUCCAACCACGGUGCACCUUUGGACGUUGAACUUGUAGAAAGUGCCUCACAAAUUAGUCACCUUUUCCAACCGGCCCAUCGCACAGCUACGAUCGCCUACUUUGAUUACUUCUAUGCGGAAGCGACACUUCAAAAUUACUCGACGGACUUCAUCUGCCGAAAUAUUCGACGAGUCACAAUCUCUCCAAACAGUAAACCCAUCUAUUCCUCCUUCAUUGCUAAGAAGUCAUCCGAGUUUACUGAAUAUUUUAAUUACGGAUUAAUGCGGAUCAGGGAAGCAGGGCUGCACCACAAGUACACCACAGAAUACGACACCUUCAGCAGUCACCAGCGUUGCGACGAGGCUGAUAAUACAGAUAAUAGCUCGGGGUGGGACAGCGUCGAAGUUACCGAUGUUUACUUCCUAUUUUACAUAUUGCUGGGCGGAAUGGUUCUAGCAUUGAUUGCUUUGGCCAAUGAGAAUAUUGACUCCGUUAAAAAAUUGGUUAUUACAUGGGGCGAAAAUUUAAGUGGUCUUAAAAUAAACAAUACGUACUCAACAAAUUUUCUAACUCGCAAGUAAAAUCCGAUAAACAAAAGUUGACAAUAUUUGCAUACGCGUGAAACCUUAGAUUAGCUCUAUGUAAAUAGAUAGGAUGAUAUGUAGGU